AGGUUAUUCGGACAGCUUCUUGCAUGAUUGCAUUUUCCCAAUACCCACAUCUGAAUUCAAAAAUUCAUUUAAGAGGACUCUGAUAGGGAGACCCAAUUUUUAAGGAGUGAGUUUCCUUCUUGCAAUUCCUGCAGUAAAGCAUCCUCGUUGACACAAUAGCACAACAGAUUUGGGUACUUAACGUUACUGAUUAGCAAAGCCUAUAUAUCUGUAACUAUCGCUGUGUUUCCAAAUUGGGUAUAAAUUUUGUGAGGUGGUGAAUCGUGUGAAAAAAUAUAUCAUCUCCUCGUCGUUGUCUUAUAGCCUGCUAUCAACGUGGAAAUUCGCUGGUCUACCCCACAUCGACGCUUGGUUUCUGCAAUAGCGUGCACUGUGCCUGAAGUACGUUUUUGGGGGUUUUCAGCAACUUGUACGUCGAACGAAGUGGAACCUCUUCUCGCUGGAGAUUCAGUUUGGGGACAGAAGACGUGGCAGCACUUGUUUCUACUUGCGGGCUAGUAGUGCAGCACAUCAGAAAGUUUCCUUUAGUUUCGCGGCACAUCAACGUCAAGCUCAUCUUGCGCGGGUGCUAUAUUUGCGGCACAUCAAGAACUUCUUCCUCGAGUCUGGUUUUUAGUAGUGCGGCACAAUUCCUGCUAUUGCGGUGUUCGUUUUAUCUCACAUCAAGAACUAACACCUCGUACUCGUGAUUUAUCUGAGCGGCACAGUAAGAACUCACUCCUUCUGCUGCAUCCAGAUCUGGGCGCGCUAGUGUUACGGCAGAUUAAGAAUCUGCUUCUUGAGCUUGAGCUGCAGUUGUGUAGCAGAUCAACAGCUAGUAGUUGUACGGUUGAAGAUGAGCAAGAACUACGCUAUGGAUUUUGCUCGGCUAGAAGAUUCGCACCGCAGGAUUGUCGAAGUGGAGAACUCUCUUCGGGAGAUCUCUACUUCGAUGUCCGACCUUGAGUAUCAAGCGGCUGCUGCAGAACUGCAGGACCCAUCCGCCCCUCCUCUUGGGGGGGUCGCGUGGGCCUUGGAGGAGGAGGCGGUCCUGUUGCGCCACCAACUGGCCGAGUUGGUGGAACAACGAGACCGUCUUCUCUGUGUUCUGGAGCAAGCAAGGCAGGUAUUAUUUUUGAUAGAGAUCUGAAAUGCGUUGCUCAUGACAAAAAUUGGCAUGAAGAUCAUAGCGCCCAGCUCUGAAAUAUGACCAUGAGGAUCAAGGAAGGCGCCACGCGUGCCGAAAACAAGAUCAGAAGCGCAACCUUGACGGAAACAGAUCACACAAAAGAGAGGAAGAGAAGAUCACUUAAGACAGACCUCGCCCGAUACUUAGCGCGCCUUCUCCACUAAACAACAACCCGACAGAGACACGCUUGAGCUUUUACAAUAACGAACGCAAAUCGAAAACACUAGAAAACAGACUGCAUGAAUUUCAAACACUUACAAAGCUAAAGAGAAAACUACACUUAAAAAAUUGAAGAAAGUUGAAAAGAGUAGAAGGAUAAAAAGAGAAAAGGCGCCCUCGGACUUAUCUCAAGAUGGGAAAGGCUCAGAUUAUGCGUGACUUGAAGGACCGCGCGAAGGUCCUUGGGCGGGAGUUGAAAUCCGUGCAGAAGAAGAUUGCCGCGAUCGUGCAGAAGAUCAAAACCCACAUUAUGAGCCAGGCCACCUUCCAGGCGCGUAGGAUCUCACCUUCGAGAAAGGUGAGACUCUGGCGGGCGUGGAGGGUGGCCGCCUCUAAGAAUAAGACGAGCCGGAACGAUUUUUUGAAGCUUCACUGCCUGAAAAAUUCGCAGCGCCUCAUCGUGAAGCAGAUGAACCAGUGCGGGAAGAACUACCGCCAGGCAGCCCUACAAGAGGCCAACUCCUUGAAGAAGGACCGCGCUUCGACCUCUCGGGAUCCACUCGCCUUUACAGAUGCGGAGAUGGCCUCGCUCGACGAGUUCAUGUCCUUAGAUGACGUGGAUGAACUGGAUGUGAGUACUUCCGUCGGGGGCGACUUGUGCGACGUGUUUGGGCUGGGUGUGGAUGCCCCAUCUGGCGGAAGUGCGUCGUCGAGUGGAAGCGCUGCUGCUGGUGGUGCUUCUGCUGGUGUCGCGCCUCUUCCAGGUGGCGAGGUGAACGGCGAGGAAUGUGGAGUGGAUGUCUCUGGCGCCCCGCCUAUCGAGCUGGACGCAGGUGAAGGAGGAGCGGGAAGCGUAUCCGACGGCGCUCCAGUGGGCCAGGAAGAUAACCUGCUGGGGGAGGAGUAG